UCCUGCUGGACUCAAAGGAAUCGCAGGCAGAGCUGGGCUGGACCUCACACCCAUCGAAUGGGUGGGAAGAGAUCAGUGGCGUGGAUGAGACCUACAAGCCAAUACGCACGUACCAGGUGUGCAAUGUCAUGGAACCGAACCAGAACAACUGGCUGCAGACAGGGUGGAUCGCCAGGCGUGACGGCCAGAGGAUCUUCAUUGAGCUAAAGUUCACCCUGCGGGACUGCAACAGCAUCCCUGGUGUGACCAGCACUUGCAAGGAGACUUUCAACUUGUACUAUGUCGAGUCUGACUCUGACCUGGGCCGGAGUGUCCAUGAGAGCAAGCACACCAAGAUCGACACCAUUGCUGCUGAUGAGAGCUUCACACAGGGAGACCUGGGCGAGCGCAAGAUGAAGCUGAACACCGAGCUGAGGGAGAUUGGGCACCUGAGCAAGAGAGGCUUCCACCUGGGCUUCCAGGACGUGGGCGCCUGUGUGGCGCUGGUCUCUGUGCGGGUCUAUUACAAGAAGUGUCUCACCACCGUGCAGAACUUGGCCAUGUUCCCCGACACGGUGGCAGAGACGGCCUUUGUGACCUUGGUGGAAGUUAAGGGCACUUGUGUGUCCCAUGCUGAACUGGAUGUGGAUAAUCCCCCUCGGAUGCACUGCAGCGCAGAGGGCGAGUGGCUGGUCCCUGUAGGGAAGUGCAUGUGCAGCCCUGGCUUUGAGGAGAAGGAUGGGGGAUGCAGAGCUUGCCUUCCAGGGUUUUACAAGCUCUCCCUCCGUCUCCCUCUCUGUUCUCCAUGCCCUGAGCACAGCUUCACACAUGAGGAAGCCUCCACGUUCUGUUUGUGCCAGACCAAUUACUCCAGGUCUCCUUCAGACCCACCAUCUGCCUCCUGCACACGUCCACCCUCUGCCCCGAGGAACCUGGUGUACAGCCUGCGGCAGUCAUCCCUGGUGCUGGAGUGGAGCGCCCCAGCGGACGCGGGUGGCCGCAGUGACCUGACCUACAGCCUGUGGUGUGGCCGCUGUCCCACGGUGCCAGCGGGCCGCUGCGAGCAGUGCGGCAGCAGCGUGGGCUUCGUGCCGCAGCAGACGGGGCUGGUGGAGCGCACGGUCACCCUGGUGAACCUGCUGCCCCACGUCAACUACACCAUCCGCGUGGUGGCCCUCAAUGGCGUGUCGGCCGUGAGCCCGCUGGCCGGCCAGCAGUACGCCGAGGUCACCGUGUCCACCGGCCGCGCAGCGCCAACUCCUGUCACUGACAUCCGCACGGAUAAGGUGGAGCAGAAGAGCGUCUCCUUGUCCUGGCAGGAGCCAGGCUUCCUGACUGCCAAUGGCACCGAGUACGAGGUCAAGUACUUUGAGAAGGAUCAGAGAGAUCAGAGUUACUCGACUGUGAAAACCACAUCAACAGCCGUGACGGUCAAUAACCUGAAGCCUGGUACCCUCUAUAUUUUCCAAAUCCGAACAUCUUCCUCUCCAGACUACGGGAACUACAACCCUGGCAUUGAAGUGGAGACAUUGGCAGAGUUGACAGUGGCCUCCAGCGAGCAGAGCCCCGUCCUCAUCAUCGCAGUGGGGGCCAUCGUGGGGCUGACAGUGCUGGUGUCCGUGGUGGUCGGCCUGAUGGUCUGGAGGAGGCAGUGUGGGUACAGCAAAGCCAGCCAGGACGGGGAUGAAGAGCUGUACUUCCACUUUAAAAUACCGACCAGGAGGACAUACAUUGACCCCAGCACCUGCGAAGACCCCAUGCAGGCUGUGCACCUCUUUGCCAAGGAACUGGAUAAUGCCAGCAUCAAAAUUGAGAGGAUUAUCAGGACAGGAGAGUUUGGGGAGAUGUGCCGGGGGUGCCUGAAGCUGCCCAGCAAGCGUGAGCUGCCCGUGGCCAUCCAGACGCUGCGGGCCGGCUGCUCCGAGAAGCAGCAGCGCUCCUUCCUGGCCGAGGCCUGCACCAUGGGCCAGUUCGACCACUCCAAUGUCAUCCGCCUCGAGGGGGUCAUCACCAGGGGGAGCACCAUGAUGAUCGUGAUGGAGUACAUGGGGAAUGGCCUGCUGGACUCCUUUCUCAGAAAACAUGAGGGGCAAUUCACAGGCACCCAGCUCAUCUGCAUGCUGCAGGGCAUCGCCUCUGGCAUGGUGUACUUGGCAGAGAUGGGCUAUGUACACAAAAGCCUUGCUGCCCACAAGGUCCUGGUGAGCAGCAGCCUGGCAUGCAAGAUCACAGGCUUCAGACAGCCACAGGAAGACAAGAUGGAAACCAUCUUCUCCACCAUGCGUGGGAAGAGCCUGGUGCUGUGGUCAGCCCCUGAGGCCGUCCAGUAUCACCACUUCAGUCCUGCCAGCGACGUGUGGAGCUUCGGGAUCGUCAUGUGGGAAGUCAUGUCCUACGGCGAGAGACCCUACUGGGACAUGUCCCACCAGGAUGUGAUGAAGGCUGUGGAGGAUGGGUUCCGCCUGCCCGCCCCGGCCAACUGCCAGCCGCCCCUCCACCAGCUGAUGCUCAACUGCUGGCAGAAGGACCGCAGCCAGAGGCCCAAGUUCUCACAGAUCCACAACGUCUUGAGCAAGUUGGUGCAGAGCCUGGAGCCCCCCAAGUGCCCCAGCUCCACGUGUCCCAGCUCUACGUGCCCCAGGUCCCAUGGCACGUCCAUCCCCCUCUCCAAGAGAACUUUCUCAGCCUUCCCAUCUUUCAGCUCCGUGGGUGAGUGGCUGGAAGCUAUAGAAAUGGGCAGAUACAAGGACAACUUCACUGCUGCUGGCUACUGCUACCUGGAAUCGGUGGCCAGGAUGACAGCCCAAGACAUCCUCAGCCUGGGGAUCACGCUGGCAGAACACCAGAGGACCAUCCUGAGCGGGAUCCUGACGCUCCGGGCCCAGGUCAUCCAGAUGCACGGCCGAGGCGUGCAGGUGUGAAGCCGUGUCCUGCAGAGGUGCAGAGCACCUGCCCCACGCUCCCGGGGAGGAGCCGGCCCCAGCCAGCCCCACCUCUGAAACCUGGGGGUCUCAGGUGGGCUGUGGA